CUCCCAGGUGUCCCAGCUGGGUGUUGAGGCGGGCCACAGCGUUCACAAGUGCUCCACGUUGCCUCCGCUUGCUCCACCUCUUCACUCUUCUGUAUAGCGCCAAAGCUUCUAGAUUAAUGUCAAGUACAUUGUUUUAUUGUUCAGUUCUAGUAAAGAUCCUUGAGUAAUAAAGAAGAGCUUCGAGUGUGUGUGCGCCAUUUUAAAACUCGAACGUGUAAAUAAAUCAUGUAAACAAACAGGGUUAGCGACGUCAGUCUUGGCACCGCUGCCAGGGCCAUUAUACUAACCUUGUGAUCGUCUCCAGAAAACAGACCUUAAUACUAAUAAUGCGCCUGCCAUCUCGGAGGACAGUGAUUUCAUCCGUUCCUGCUAGCAGUCACAAUACAUGUGCCUAAAUAAGUAGAUAAAGACUGCUAUUCUCAGAGAUGGCACAAAGCAACUGUAAUGCUGACUGGCAGACGGAACUUAGAUUUAUCCACCAAAGGGCAGGUCAUGUUUUGGAGUCGGGACAAUGGGCUGAUUGUACCUUUAUUGUUGGCAAUGAAAAUAAUCAAAAGACUCUUCGAGGACACCGCCUCAUCUUGGCAAUGUCUUCACCAGUGUUUGAAGCCAUGUUCUAUGGUGGGAUGGCAGAGAAGAAGGACAAACCUGUGGAAAUUUUAGAUGUACAGCCAGAAGCAUUUAGAGCUUUAUUACAAUACAUCUACAGUGAUGAAAUUACUCUAAAAUCAUUUGACCAAGUAUGUGAGAUUUGCUAUGCUGCUAAGAAGUACAUGAUUCCGUCCUUGGUAGAGCAGUGCACACAGUUUAUAUGGCAAGAUCUUCACCCAGGCAAUGUUUGCAGAGCUUAUGAGUUUGCACGCUUGUUUGAAGAGUCUAGCCUCUUGGAAAAGUGUGUCCAGAUAAUCCAAAAUGCCACGGAACAAGUGCUAAAGGAUCCAUCUUUUGAGGAAGUGGAUGCAUCUAUCCUACGCACUAUACUGCAGCAGGAAAGACUCGGUGUGUCAGAGUUGAUACUGUGGGAAGCAUGUCUCACUUGGGCCAAGCAGGAAUGUGUCCGACAGUCUUUGGAAGUCAGUCCCAUGAAUCAACGUAAGGUAUUGGGAGACUGUCUUGGCAUGAUCAGAUUUUUGACAUUAAGCCCAACAGAAUUUGCCAAUAGCCCAGCAGUGUCUGGGAUUUUGACACAAGAGGAGAGUUACACCCUCUUGAUGAAUAUUUCUUCACCAGGAGUAACAUCUGUCCCAUCACCUUUCUGUCAAAAUAAUAAGAGGAGACAAAAGGAACAAACGCCUCCACCCAGCUCCCUAACACACUCGGAUUCCAGAGCCAGCAGAAUUAGAGAAGAUGUUCAACUUCGAUGUGAAUGUGUUGGAAAUGACAUGGCACAGGUGUUGAUUAAUGAGCAACUUGUGGACUGUUCACUUUCAUUUGCAGUUAAUAGACAUGUCUGUAUCUAUGGUGUGGAGAUGCCUACUCAGUUAGUUCCACCAAAUCUGGAAUCUCAAUUAGCCACUCAUCCAAUACAGCAGUCAUAUUCUGAACUGAUCUAUGCUUUUUUACAAGAUUCUGAUGGUUGUCGGCUCACGUACACACAUUUCACAGCUCGGGUAUCGUGGAAUAGUUCAAUGGAAGUCAUCUUCAAUAGACCAGUGUACAUCACUCCUAAUAAGACCUAUAAGAUUGCUGUGGUGUUAAAUAAAGUAGGGAGGUAUCCUGUAUAUGUUACUGCUAACUAUGUCACUAUUGAUUACUUAACAUUUACCUUUGAACAAGACCGAUCACGAGAUGGACUGAUAAAAGCUGUAAUUUUUGGAUGUUCAUCGCAGAGAUCCUCGUCUAGUCCAGAAUCUUAUUGGCCAUACUAAAAUUUUGUAUAUUUUUCUGACAAUGUAGCUAAAUAGUUAAAAUGUGCUGUAUUUUAGAGUAAACUGUUAAUGGUACAGUAUUUCAUAUUUUAACAAGGAACUGGAUUUGUUUUAAUAUGAUUAAGAGUGUAAAGUUUCAAAUUUGUAUUUGAUAGCUAGAUUUUCUUUAAGCUAAUUUUGAGUUUAAGAGGUGUAUUUUACUAAUUUGUAGUUUGAGAGAGUAUGACUGCAGAAUUGUUGCAAUUUGAGUUUAAUAUUGUGUUGAAUGAUACUGUACUGCAAUAUUUAACAAUCAAAACACCACUUAAUAUUAUAUCAGCACACAUUUGAUCAAGAAAUAAGACUCUCAUAAGGAAUGUAUUAUGUUUCAACCCGUUCUCGCAAAUUUAAUAAGUCAAUAUUGACUUAUUAAAUAUGUGCAUAGGUGACAUACUUAACAUAAUAGUUUCCAUUGAAAAGCUUCAUAGAAAACACCGACCUUAC